AUGAGGACUCCAUCUCCCAGGCCGAGUCAUGCCGAACAGCAACGCAAGAAGAUGCUUCUUUCCAGCCGUGCCAGUCCCCCAAAACCAUUGAGGUUUGGCGGACCAGAUCGAUAUCUCUCUAUCAGACAGUUCCUUCCUUCCACCCCGAUCCCCUCACCGUCUCUCCCGUCCAUCCUCCCGCGUCACGGCAAGAAACCGCCAAAGCUCAACUCACGGAAGAUCGUCCGCAGCCUGUUCUGGCUUGCCUUCAUCAUCGGCGUCUACUAUGUCGUCUCUUUCGGCCGGAGGAAAUCCCACAAGCUCACCGAGCUGACCUUUCUAACCUCGCUGGGCAAGAUCUAUGAGAUCGUCGAAGCCUCAGAGCUGCCUGAGCAUCCAACCCCACUGGCUCUGACCGAUGCGAAGGGGAAGCACCACUGGACCAUAUCCAUCCCCCAAGACCUCCCUUUCCCCCUUCCCUACACGGAUUAUGCAGACGUCUGCUCGCAAGUUGACGAGGUGGCCCGCCACGUCGCAGGCCCUCGCCAGAAAUCCCAGCAAAAGGACUACUACCAGGAAGAUCCCAACUUCAUUGACGUCCAAGAAGCGCAGAUGCAGCACUUCCUCCCUACUGAGUCCCAGCCGCCGCCUCACGGGAACGAACCCAAUAUGCCGGUCUGCGAGAGAUCCCUGACAUACGUCCUCGAUGCCGCCGACGCGGGCCUUGGGUCCAGCUUACUCGGCUUGUGGCUUUCUUACGGCCUGGCUCGUCGUGAAGAUCGCGCCUUCUUCAUCGACGACACCCAUUUCCCCUACGGCAGAUACAGCACAUUCUUCGCCUCGAAGCCUUCCCCACCUUGCCGCCUACCUAGCCCUUCGCAUCGUGUACCAUGUCCACAUCAGGCGAAACACCUCGUCGUGUCUGCUGCCACGACAGGUUGGGUCUUUGGGGAGGCUUUCCACGACCAUUUCUCUCAGAGGGACAUCUUUGAUAUGGCGAGGGAAGGGUACGAGGCACUCUUCAAGCUUCGACCUCAAGACGAACAAUAUGUCCUUAAUCGUGUAGAAAAACUGCGGAAGGACAUCGACCCGACCACCAUCCCCCCUCCCAUCCCCGACGAGGACCGCUUCGAUGACGACGACAUGUAUGACGCACCGCCAGAGAACGGUCUGGUUGGAAUCCACAUUCGGCGCGGCGACCGGCAUCCUUUCAGCCUGACGUACUCGCAAAAUUACCUGCCUCCUGAAAUGUACAUGGCCACCGCCUUGAAGCUGGUAGGCAAAUCUUCUCAAUGGAAAUUCCUUGUUGCCUCGGAUGAUGCCGACAUGUACGACCACAUUGAUCUGCCCAACACGCUGCGGGCGCAAGAACGAAUCUCCCUCGCGUCCAAGAAGAAGUUGGCCAGCAUGGGCCAAGGUGGUGGACUGGGUUGGGAAGGCGGGUUCUUCAGGGAUGUCUUCUGGGGGUUGGGUUUGCCGGAGGACGUGAAGGAGCGGAAAAAAUGGGGCAGCCCGAUGCCUAUGAAGGCCAAGCACAGGUUUGGCGAGAAAGACGACGACGGCAGGGAGAAACGAGUCCAUCAUCACGACGUCAAGCAAUCGAGUGGGCUGCGGACAGAUGAAGGCGAUGAUGAUGCCGACGACGUGGCCCUUUUGGAGCGUGAUUAUCGUACACAUCCCACCGCAGAAGCGCUUCAGCUGAGAGAAUUACUCGGUCGAGCGUACCUGUUGGAUUUGGCCAUGCUGGCCCAAAGCGAUAAAGUGGUUUGCGGUGUGUCGGCUAAUGCAUGUCGGAUCCUGGCCGUGAUGCUAGGAUGGGAAAGAAGUUUCGAACGGAAAGACUGGAAUAAUGUGGACGGAGGUUAUCAGUGGAGAGUCCUGGAUUAUUGA